CUCCACCCGGUUUGUCUUCACCUCCUCGCACGCCAUGCACGGACCGACCUACUACGAAAACGCGGACCCUGUCCCACGUGGCGUGAAAAAUGUCAAGUGCUCCGCUCCCCUGCAAGGCGAAUGGAUCAUGAACAACUCGACCGACUUCACUUGGCCCGGGACCAAAACCAAGCACCGCGCCUCCAUCACUUCCGGCGCAGAUUUGGUCCUUAACCAUAACGCCACGGCGGAUUCCACCUUCGGCGGCGCGAUCAAAUACAUCAUCGACGUGCCCACGAAGGAAGAACUCUACAGCCUGCACCCACCCUGGUACAACGACUCUGGCAUACCUUACACCAUUGAGAAGGACGAAAUCCGUAAGAAAUUUGGGGGUCGCCGGACCUGGACGUUUCAAGACCCUCCUUACAGCAGGGACGACUGGAUGAAGUCGGCCUGGCAGGCGUGGGACGACUAUUACGAGUACCCCCGCACGGCAGAAGCCAACUACCAACCGCAGGCCCACUUUCACUCCGCGGUUCAACGCGUCCUCAACGAAUUCGAUUGGGAGACGUGGCGCGCCCAUGCGGGCGACCGGUUGCCUGGGGCGCCCGCUUGGGUGAAGGGGGAGCGUUGCAUCCUCUACGGAAAGACACCGGGUUCCCUGUUCUUCGAAGCGUAUGCGCAUUACUACUACGAUGCGACCUGUACCGGCGUGGAUGCCGAGCACUUGGGCCUGAACGAUGUCGUGCUGGACACGAGCAAGCUCGCGGAACGGAGACACCCGCCAAUCGGAUUUAUGGACGAUCAGAUCGGCGCCACGUUUCCGAUAGCGACUUGGUUCCGCGACGAAAUCCUCCCGAUCAAUGGGCGGUGCAGGGAUUCCCUCUGGAAUACGGAUGGCAUUGGGCGCACGCAUUAUGGUCCGCCGAAAUGUGACGCUUUCAUGGCUCAGUACGGCUACGUAAACUUGGAUCCUGCCUUGGGAAGGAUCGUCAAAACGGUGGAACACCAGAGGAAACACGACUCCCGGAUCACGUUCGCUAAAAGACUGCAAGAAAACAGCAAUAGGAACACGUUCAUUUGCGACGUGAUGGAGAAAAUGCGUAACUUCUCGUGCCCCCUCCUUCCCCCGAGACCAUUCACAAUCCUAACAACGUUUGCCCCCGGAUCGAUUGACGACAUAAAACUAAAAGAACUUGAAACUCGCAACAAUGCUCUUUUCAAGAAGUCGAAUGCGUACAAAAGGGGAAUGUUGGCGGCAGAAGAUCCGUUCACGCUUUUCAUUUUUGACUCGAGACUGAUUCACGGGAUUUUUAUGACGAUCCUUGUCAUGUUCGUGACGCCGGUGAGCUUCUUCAUGACGCGGUACUUCAAAGAGACCUUCAUGAAUAAUCGGAUCUUCCUUCAUCACGUCUGGUACUUUGUCCACCUUUCCCUCUCCUUCAUCACCGUACUUCUCUUCAUUGUCGGAUUGACGCGACAAAUUGGGAGCAAGGCGAUUUUCGGGGUCAGUUUGAGCCACGCAGCCACCGCGCAUCGCAUCAUGGGUUGGAUUUCUGUCGUAAUUUCGGGUCUUCUCUUCCUCCUGGGUGGAAUUCGACCGCUGAACAGACAGUUUCGGGGAGUCAUAAUUAUUCUGCAUGGCGUCAUGGGGUUUCUCUUUUAUUGGAUGGGUCUGGCUUGCAUGCUGACGUCGAAUGCGAUUCCCGGCUCACCCGCGGCCUAUCAAGAUUUUGCGGUCCUACAUUUCUUCGGGCCUAAUCUGACGAAGGAGGCCGUCUUCAUGAUUGUCGUGGGCUGGAUCGUCUUCGACCUUGUCAUGCACGUCAUGAUGACGAUUCUGCAGUGUCGCAGUGACGCGGUAAUGAAGCUGACUCAGCGUCGUAUCAUCCUCUUCUCACCGAUGCCCGUUUUGGACGAGAGGGAACGAUUCGAUGCGCCCGGUCGUUUCGCUCGGAUUUAUAUGCUGACCACGUACAUCGCCGUGGCGUUGAGCUGCACCGUCGGGAUUUGUUCUUUAAUGUUGAACUAUUCUCCUCGGAAGAAGGGGCUCGGAUUCAUGUCCUGCACGCAUGAAGGGAAUGAUAACGACGUCCGAGAGGAGUACACGUGUUAACUUAUAUUGUCACUCGAAAACCAAGCCGACGCCACGCCACCAAAUUUGUCACAGGGGAAAACGAAGUGUUAGAAUCUACUAGGAAACCUAUAAAAUCUUGACGUUAACUAAAUAUUAGAAUUAAACGCCGGGUUUAGACUUCACGUUAGCAUCACGUUCUCCUCCCAAUCCGAUUUUUUGAUUGGCUAAUCAAAAACAUCACUAAGACAAUUAAAAAUUUCGACAAAUCAAAAAAUCGGAUUGGGAGGAGAACGUGAUGCUAACGUGAAGUCUAAACCUGGGGUAAUUGAUCAGGGAACAAUUUAAGUGACAAACUAAUACUUGUGGUCUCCUCGUAAUCGUUAUAGUUCUUCCAAAAAAAUACAAAAUUUGUGAAAAUGUACAUAUAAAAAAUCAUGUUUACAUACUCAUCCUCAGUAUACUUUACUGCCUUCACAUAAAAUUUGAAUUUUAUAAUUUGUAAAUUUCAUAGAGUUUUCAAAAUACAGAUGAAAUGUAACUGCGUCAAGUCGGAGUUGAAAUAAUUAUCUAGUCUCGAAAUCUUUGUACGUAUUAAAAAAAAUAAG